CGGCAGCGGCGGCGUCUUGUCCGGUGGAAGCGGAGAUUCUCCUCCAGCAGCAGCAGCAUCCAUUUACACAUCAGCACCUCCUCAUCUCUCCGUCCGGGACUCUCCGCUGGGAUGCCGCCGUCGACCGAGGAUCUGUCGCGGACGGCGGACGCUGGAGGAAACGAGCCCCGCUGGUUUUCCCGAGCGUGACCGUUAAGGACGCGGCGGCGGAGGUGGCGAUGGAUGAAGGCACGAGGAGACAAAUAAAAUUUUGAUGGUCGCCGGCUAACGCUAGCAGGCUAACGUUAGCUAGCCGCUCCGCUCCUCCCCGGUAGAAUUGUUGUUUUCUCGCCUCCCUUGUCGGUUCACCGGCCACCGGGAUUCUCUCCUCCGCGAACAAACGGCGUUUUUUAUUAUUUUUUUUUACGGGUGUCACGACAUGCCGGAGCCGCUGAGGACAUUUCCGUCAAGGAUAACGGCUCCGUAGCGCUCCGUUAGCCUCCCGCUAGUUAGCAUCCUUAUUUUUUUUUUUUCGUUUUUUUUUUUGUGUCGCUCAUCCGUGAAGAUGCUGGCGGAGGAGGAGAGCGUCUGACGGGGAAACCUCAUGGAAACUCGCCCCGUGAAGGUCAUGAUACCGAGAGAAUGAUCAUGCUGGAAAAACAGAGCUCGACGCAGGAGAUCGGCGAGGAGGCCGAGGAGGACGCCAUCUUCACCAUCACGCUGAGGAAGGUGCAGCUCCACCAGUCGGCCAGUAAGGGGCAGCGAUGGCUGGGCGUGGACACGGACUCGGCCCUGAGCCUCUACGAGACCUGCAAGGUGCGAACCAUCAAGGCGGGAACUCUGGAGAGGCUGGUGGAGUACAUGGUGUCGGCCUUCAGGGGCAAAGACUCCACCUACGUCACCAUCUUCCUCUGCACCUACCGCUCCUUCGCCUCCACCAAGCAGGUGCUGGAUCUCCUGCUCAACAGGUAUGCCAAGCUCCAAAACGUGCCUGCAGCCACAGCUCACAGAGUCUCCCAGGACGACUGCACCGAGCUGAGAAACACUGUUUCGUCCAUCCUGGGCGCCUGGCUGGACCAGUACUCUGAGGACUUCUGGAGUCCUCCCAACUACGACUGUCUGCAGCAGCUGAUGUCCUACCUUCACCUGCACUUCCCCGGCUCGGACCUGGAGCGCCGAGCCCGGAACCUGCUGGCCCACUUCCACCGCCGACAGCAGUGUGAGCCUGAUCCUGAUGGGGAACACAUCGGCUGUCCUUUCGCUACGCAGGAAGAGAGCGGCUUCGAGGACGAGCUCCCUGCCUUCAGCUUCCUGUCAUUCGACCCCAUCAUGGUGGCCGAGCAGUUCACGCUGAUGGACGCGGAUCUGUUCAAGAAGGUGGUUCCCUACCACUGCCUCGGGGGCAUCUGGUCCCAGCGGGAUAAGAAGGGGAAGGAACAUCUGGCCCCCACCAUCAGAGCCACCGUGGCCCAGUUCAACUCCGUCACCAACUGUGUCAUCACCACCUGCCUGAGCAACCCCACGCUGAAGCCCAACCAGAGGGCUCGGCUGCUGGAGAGGUGGAUCGACGUGGCCCGGGAGUGUCGGAUCCUGAAGAACUUCUCGUCGCUGCGAGCCAUCCUCUCUGCCCUGCAGUGCAACGCCAUCCACCGCCUGAAGAGGACCUGGGAGGAGGUGUCGCGGGAGAGUUUCAGGAUGUUCCGCGAGCUUUCAGAGAUCUUCUCUGACGAUAACAACUACUCCCUGAGCCGAGAGCUGCUGGUGAAGGAGGGAACCUCCAAGUUUGCAACUUUGGAAAUCAACCCCAAACGAGCUCAGAGGAGACACCAGCAGCAGAGAGACCUGGGAGUGAUGCAGGGGACGAUUCCCUACCUGGGAACCUUCCUGACGGACCUGGUGAUGAUGGACACUGCCAUGAAGGACUACACUGAGGGCGGUCUGAUCAACUUCGAGAAGAGGAGAAAGGAGUUCGAGGUGAUCGCUCAGAUCAAACUGCUCCAGUUGGCCUCCAACAACUACAGCUUCACUCAGGACAGCCACUUCAGAGAAUGGUUCGCAGGCGUGGAGAAGCUCAGCGAGGCAGAGAGCUACAAUCUGUCCUGUGAGAUCGAGCCUUUGUCAGAGUCGGCCAGCAACACGCUCAGAGCCAAGAAGAACGGAGGAAUCAUGAAGCGCUGGAGCGACCGGCAGCUGACGGAGGCCGGAUCCAGCGGCGGCGCCGGAUCUCAUUCCAAGUCCUUCGACCACUCGCACUACAGGCCGUACCAAGGCGGCGGCGGCGGCGGGGGGGACAGCGGCGACGCCCUCAGCGUCACCUCCGUCAGCUCCAGUGGUUCAGACCUGGAGGACGUCAACGCCAGCUUCCUGUCCGAUUCACCAGAGGGACACGAGAGAAAGACGUCGACUCCUUCAGUGAAGCUCACCGUCUCUGCGUUGGGGAGGGAAGCUCCAGCAGCAGAUACGACGUCUACGAUUCCAAACAAUCUUCCCUACACAGUUAUGAAAAGAAAUCUCUACUGCCAGCAUUUUAUGUUCUGGGAGUGCACGUCCCUCUCCUCCCUGGACACCUCUGGGAUGGGAUCCAGCUCCGGCUCGGCCUCCGGCUCCAGCACCGCCUCCUCGUCCUCCGUCUCCUCGUCCACGCCGCUGUCGGCCUCGCGGUCGCACAAGCGCUCGGUGUCGGCGGUGUCCAACUACUCGACGCUGUCGCUGCCGCUGUACAACCAGCAGGUGGACGACUGCUGCAUCAUCCGGGUCAGUCUGGACGUGGAGAACGGGAACAUGUACAAGAGCAUCCUGGUGACGAGUCAGGAUAAAACUCCGGCCGUCAUCAGGAAGGCGAUGAUCAAACACAACCUGGAGCGAGAGAAAACCGAAGACUACGAACUGAUGCAGAAAAUCUCAGAGGACAAAGAGCUCCGGAUCCCGGACAACGCCAACGUCUUCUACGCCAUGAACUCCACUGCCAACUACGACUUUGUGCUGAAGAAGCGGGGCUCGGCCCGGCCGCCACGGCCCAAGAACGUGGCCAGUUCCACGCUGCCUCGCAUGAAGCAGAAGGGCCUGAAGAUCGCUAAAGGGAUUUUCUGAGGAACAGAACUCCUCCUCUUCCUCCCCAUCCUGAACACGGCUCGAGGAGGAGCUCUGUUAGCACUUAGCCGUCGGGACCUCAGAGGUUUUAUUGUGGGGGAAGAGCGGCUGUGAAGCUCCGAAACCACAGAUUUGUUCCCCGUCACGUUCCGUUUACGAGGAUUUUAUGUUUUUUGCACCUUUCGAUGGCUCUUGACUGCAUCCCUGCAUCGGACUUGACGCCGCCGGGUGUUGGAAUGUGUUUCUACGUUUUCAGGGAGCUUCUAGUCGCCGCCUUUAGCGCCCCCUACGAUGUCUGGGACUCUUGGACAUGGAGGGAUUUAACCUGAAACAGAGACGUGGCUCAGCCAUGAAUCACAGCCACUGUUUUGUUUUUUAUUCUCCAACCACUACACGGUGAAGGACAUGGCAGAACGAUGGCACUACGAAGCGACAAACCAAGGACUGUAAAUAUCCAGUAACACCGUCUGUGCAGUAGAUUCUUUUGGGAACGGACCGUGAAAUUUUGUUAAUAGACUCGUCACGUUUUUUUGUUUUGUUUUUUUUUCCAUUUUUGCUUUGUACAUUUUUUCAUUUUCACUCUGAUAUGGUGCUGCUAAUUAUCUUUCUGAAGAGUCCCACCAGUUUAACCCGCCGACCGCCACGUUGGAGGACGACGGAAAUGAUCCUGCACAGCGGCAGCUUUGGAAACUAAUAUCUGCCUUUAAAAAGAUCAAAAAUAAACAAUAAGAAUGCUGAAAAUACCUGUUGCUGGAGAGAAAACAACUGAUUAAUGUGAUACUGGAUUAAAAUAAAAUCCAAAUUAACAUUAAACAUCAACAGGAGAAAAGUUUCUCGGAUUUAACAGCAGAAAAUAAAAAUCUAGACACCAUUUACUGAGUCAAAACUAUUAUAUUAUAUACUAUGUGACUAUUAGGUAAUUAUUUUGUGCCAAUUAUUUUUACUUUACACUUAAUUUUCAUGCACUGAAAAAUGCCUGUUAAAGUCUUAACGUUGCUUCUUUUGUCGCACCAAAACUGCCAAAUUAUUUUUAAUUUUAGGUCAGAGAAAGCAAAAUAAAUGUACUUAACUAUUAAUUAGAUGUGAAAAUGUUUGUAGAUUAUUUGUCUGAUAUAAACUGUUUGAUUAAUCGACUAAUUUUUACCACCACGUUUAAUAUAAUUGCAAAAAAAGGUGUAAAUACUCUGUUAAAUAAAUAAUUUUAUUUAAAAAAAAAAAAACAAAAACUCCAAAAUAUUCUUGAAAAUUUGAAUUUUAUUUAAUAUUUUUCCAAAAUGUUCUAUGUAGUUAAAACUGAGCUUAAUAAUUGGACUGAUUUAGUUUAAAAUAAUUUAUUUUUGUGGUGGAAAUUUGCUUUAAUGUAUCUUAUCAAGCUCUCUAAAGGUGACUUUGACCUAAAAUAUCUGAAAUAAUUUUAUAAAAAGUCAAAUAAUUUCUUUGGACAAAAGCCUCCAAAAUCUUUAAAAUAUUUUAGUAUUUAAAUUGUGUUAAAUAUUUUAUCCAAAACGACCCUAAUAACGGCACUGAAUUCUUAUCAUUUUUAUUAUUAUUUUAUGGUGGAAAAUUGUUUCCAUAAAAGCAAAACGAUUUUUACCCAAAUUGUUUAAAAUAAUUGCAAAAAAGUGAAUAUUAUUCAGUAUUAAUUAAACCAUUUUAAAUUGGAAGAAGUCUCUGAAAUAUUUGUAAUGUUUUAAUUAUAUUAAAUAUUAUGUCCAAAAUAUUAUAUAUAGUUACAUUUGACCUUAAUAACUGCACUUUAUUAUUAUCAUUAUUAUUGUUAUUAUUAUUAUUAUUAUUAUUAUUAUUAUUAUUAUUGUUAUUUUAUGGUGGAAUUUUAUUUCUAUAAACUGAAAUUAUUUUUAUCCAAAUUAUUUAAAAUAAUUGCAAAAAAGUCAAAAUAUUCAGCGUUAAUUAAACCAUUUUAAAUUGGAAAAGCCUCCAAAAUAUUUGAAAUAUUUUAAUUAGAUUAAAUAUUAUGUCUAAAAUAUAAUAAUAUAUAUUUUUUAUAAUAAAUUUGACCUUAAUAACCACACUUAAAUUUUUAAAUUAUUAUCAUGAUUAUUAUUUUAUGGUGGAUUUUUUAUUUUUUGCCCAAAAUGUUUAAAAUAAUUGCAAAAAAAAUCUAAAUAUUCAGUGUUAAACCAUUUGAGAUUCGCUCCAAAAUAUUUUAAUUCGAUUAAAUAUUAUGUCCAGUAUAGUUAAAUUUGAUCUUAAUAUCUUCACUGCACAGAUAUUUCUUUAAAUAUUCUCUUUAUCUAGUGGAAAUUUACAUCUAUGCACCUUUUUAAGAUUUCUAAAAAUGGAUCCUACCCCAAUUAUUUAAAAUAAUUGCAGAGAAGUCAAAAUAUUCAGUGUUAAUUAGAUGUUUUUAUUUGAAAAAAGCCUCAUUAAAGCAGCAUUCUGACCAUUUUAGACUCUAGUAGUUGACUCAUUAGCAGCAGUGAAGGCUGGCCUACUGCUCUCAUCCAGCAGUUUAUUUAUAUCGUUUGUGUUCCAGCUCUGGGAUACGUUCUUUAAACAAUAAAUUAGUGGGUAUUGUGUCAGAUUUGUCCUGCCGCUGCUCGCCUGGUUUCCUGUUUCCUCCGACACGGCGGCUCGUCCUUCAUCUCCAUCUGUAGCUUCUGUCCACACGUUUUCUUCUUCUCUGGUUUGUGUGUCGGCAGCAGAGUUGCUCCUCCAGCAGGCGACGAUUUCCAGUUUUAAAACCGUUAAAAAGCUGAAAGCUCCAGAAAUCUGUUGUUCUGGAUGAACGACGGUGAAGCUGCCAAACCGCACGCUAAAGAAACAAACUCUUCUCUUCCUGCUCUGUUUGUUUACAGGAAAAAUCCAACCUGGACGCCUUUUAGACGGCUGUUUACCGUCACGUUUGUUUUAUUCCUAAUAACUAACCGUAGACGUUAAAGGUUUGUUUUCUGGACUUAAACUGACCGGCAGCGAAGCCUCAGAGGUGCAUAUUUUUCCAAUUUUUUGCAAUUUCUGCAACAUUUUAGCCCAAAAAGCAGCUUCUGGUUCGUUUAUUUGACCCGCUGCCAACUAUUCUGAUCAUAAAUUCAUUGGUUUGAGUUAUUUUUUAUGAAAAAAAUCAAGAUUCACUGAUUCAAGAUUCUUAAAUUUGAAUUUUUAUGCCUUUUUUAUCCUCCUUUAAGACAGUAAACUGAUUAUCUUUGUGUUGUGGUUUGCUGCUUGGCAUUCUGGGAAACGUAGUGAAUCACUAAUUAAGGGAAAACGGCUUCACGCUAGAAACACUGAACAUCUGAGGUUGGGUUUUUCCUCGUGUUCAUAUCGCCGCAUCAGAACGCUGAGUUCCUGCUGUCACUGCGACCAUGUGUUGCCUUCUUUUGCUGUUUUUUUUUUAUUUCAUCUGCAUGAAGUUACCAUGACGAUCAAAUGAAUGAAUGAAUGAAUGAAGCCCCAAACUUUAAAAAAGAAAGAAACUAAACCCACCUGUGAGAGCGAUACGGUGAAGAGCAGCAGCAGGAAGCUCGUCGUCGUGUCGUCAAAGCGUCCCGGCUGUUGAACACUGUGAGCUGUCAGUCGUCCAACACUGUGAACUUCAUCCCCUCCGUCUCCAUGGCGACCAUCCAUGUCGGCGACCAGCGAAGGCUCCACCCUUCAUGUGCCAAAAAUAACGCAAAAGGUUGAGUCCUCCGCCUUCCACGGUGGGAAAAAAUACCAAGUUUGUAUGUUUACUGUUGUUUUUCUGGUGGAAACAUGUCGGUGAGAAGCUGCUGCAGGAACUUCAUCUCCAACCAAACACCACGUCUGAGGAGAAUUUUAAGACCAUUUUCCCAACAUUUCAGAGCCGAGGAAAUGUAGUCGACAGUGAAUGUUGCUCGAUACAUCUCCUCCCUUUAAUGCUCAACAUUUACCCCAAACUAUUUUUUAAUAAUUGCACCGAUUUUGCUUCAAAUUAUUUCUUUUUCUGGUGGAAAUUUGCUUUAAUGGACCUUAUCAAGCUCUCUAAAGGUGAAUUUCACCCUAAAUGUCUUUAAAAAAUACAAAAACAUCAAAAUAUUCAAUGAGUUAAACAUUUUCUCUGUUUAAAACGCUCCAAAAUAUUCAGAAUAUUUAAAAAAUGUAACUAUAUGUAAUAUUUUAUCCAAGGUAUUACUUAUAGUUAAAUUUAACUUUAAUAAUUGCACAGCUUUUUUUUGUUGUUGUUUUUUGGGUGGAAAUUUGUUCCUAUACACCAAAAUUGUUUUUACCCAAAAUGUUUAAACAAUUGCAAAAAAAAAUAAAAUAAAAUCUAAAUAUUCAGUGUUAAUUAAACCAUUUUAGAUCACAAGAAGCCUUCAAAAUAUUUAAAUUAUAUUAAAUAUUAUGUCUAAAAUAUAUAAUUAAAUUUGACCGUAAUAACUGCUCUUAUUUUAUUAUUUUUUGUGGUGGAAAUUUGUUUCCAUGCACCAAAGUAAUUUGUACCCAAAAUAUUUAAUAUAGUUGCAAAAACAGUCAAAAUAUUGAGUGUUAAUCAAACCAUUUUAAACCAUAAUUACACCAGUGUUCCUCUGUUAAAAAUAUCCACAGUUGUUUUCAGAUUUCCUACUCAUGCAACAGGACCUUAAAUGCAUCACAGUCUGUAAACUAUAGUUUCUGUAUCUUGAUUUCAGCAAAUCUGCUGUCAGACUAUUACUUGAUUAACUUCAACCCUCUGAACUCCAGGCAGACUUUUUCUCUCUGCUCUGCUCAUCAGCUGUACAAAGAUGUUUCACUUACUCAAAACUUAAAAAACUGUCAAGAAAUCCUCCUUUGCAACUAAUUUCAAGUAAUUUUGAAGUGAUUCUGGGCAAUUUGAGUAACUGUGGACAAGUUUUUUUGUCACUUUGGUCCAUAUUUAGUCCAGUUUUGAGUCUCUGUUCAUCAUCAAUAGAAAGAUGUUUCACCAUGCUGAAUGUAUCUCCAACAACCUGCUCCUCUGUUCACUGUUUCUGAGCCAUGCUGCAUUUAUUUGAUUCAUCCAGUAGCUUUGGUUUUGAUGCAGAUCUCUUGAAAAAUCACAGAAUUUUUAGCACGCAACUGUUAAUCACAGCUGAGUCAGUUUUGGCUUUUCAGUUGCAUCAAGGAGCGUAAAAUUUUUGCAUUUUUCACAGAAUCUGUUUAAAAUAAACAGUUUAUUUUUGACCAAUUUUUAAAUGAGACACGUGGAAUAACGUGAUUUUGGAUCUAAUAUCACACUUCUAUAGAACGGAAAGUUACAGUUAAGUCGAAGGAGAGUUGAAAAUCACACAGUUUGUUCUGUUUCUUACAGUUUUUGGAUCUGACAAAUGGUGGAAUGAUGUCUUUUCAGACCUUAACGUUAUCCUACACUGAUUUAAGUAGCAUGCUAGUUAGCAGGAUAUGCUAACAUGAGCAAAUGUGGCUCAUUUUAUUUAAAUUUAACCCAAAAAACAUCUUUAAAUAGCAGCUGCAGCAUCGUAAGUUACCUUAAAUCCAACAAAACGCAGGACGUAGCUGCUAGCGUUAGCCUGCACUGAUUUAUGUAGCAUGCUAGUUAGCAGGACAUGCUAAUGUGAGCAAACGUGGCUCAUUUUAUUUAAAUAUAACCCAAAAAUCCCGCUGUUUUUUGGGGGUUCAGAGGGUUUGGACCUGAUUAAAAACCAUCUAAACGGGUUAAAAUCUCUAAACACUGACUUGAAAUGUUGCAGCGAAUUAAUCAAAAGGGAGCACAUUUAUGUUUUUACCUGAAAAAGGUGCAUUUUGUAAAAGAUAAAGGCCUUCUGAUGACAUAAAUCUUAAUAGAAAAGAGCGUUUGUGGGAGCAAAUGUUUAACUUGAGAGAUUUAUCGGGCUUUCACGUUUCCCACCGUACCCUGAACGCACCGUCAGCUCCUCCUCUGGACUGUUUGGAACUGAAGUGUUUCUAAAAUUAAAAACCGGUUCUAGUUUCUGCAGCAGCUUCGCCUCUAAAGCUCUGAACUAAACUCUGAGUGGAUCUUGAGGUGAAUCUGUGACCUGCGAGCGUUGAUGUGUGUCGUCGUAGCCCGUGUUGACAAAAAAAAAAAACUUUUUGUGAUUUGACCUGAUUCUGUGCGAGUUUGAACAAAAAAAAAGAAUAAAGGCUGCGUUUACAAGAAGAAGAAGAAAAAAAUACAGUGGAAACCAGCUGGCGUGGUGUGUUUUUAUUCUUUCUGUGCUUCGGUGCCAUUUCCCCCGUUUUAAAGGAUUCAGAACUUUUUCUAACUGCAGUCUUUGUUUUUUUCUUUCUUCCCUCCGAACAUGAAACCUGUGUAGAAAACCGACCAUCCUCCAUCAUGUCUUUGUUUAUUUAUUGAUUUGUAUAUAGAGAUUUUGUUUUGCAUUGUACAUUCUCUCCUUUCUUGGUUAUAGAUUAAUAUAUUCAUGUAUAUACGAAUAAACAUGAAAUUUAUAAAAGUGAAAA